ACCCCGGCGCGGGUCAGUGCUGUUGAAAAUGGCCCCUCGCCUAACGGGGAAGAGGAACCACGAGGGUCCGAGGCCAGGGCUCAGGGGUAGUUGUGCCAUCUGUGGGGGUCACCAGGGGGAGGAGUAGGUGGUCGCUGGAACUGGCAGGGGAAAGCGAGUUGGAGUGUUUUGAACGCGCGAGGGUAGAAGCUGAGAGCUCAGAAAAGGAUAGGGGAUCCCGGUGGGGGCUGUGGCUAGCACCGGACCCACUCGCCACUUCCCCGCCUCGCUUGACGCCGGGACGCGGGAGAGGUUCGGAUUUCAGGGUUUCUUUAGUUGGCCCGGGAGAAGGAUGGGGCCUGGAGGACUGAGAACACGCGUCUGCUCUUAAAGAUUUGGCCUGAGGCUGGCUUUCAUUGACCUCACAACUCUGUUUUCACAAAGCUUCACGGCCAGAGCGCCAUGAAUGUUAACGAGCUCAAACUCAGGUUGUCCAGAGCUGGGCAAGAUCACCUGCUGCAGUUCUGGAAUGAGCUGGAAGAAGCCCAGCAGGCAGAACUGUAUACGGAGCUCCAGGCCAUGAACUUUGAGGAGCUGAACGCAUUUUUCCAGAAGGCCAUUGGAGGAUUUGAUCAUUCCUCUCCCCAAGAGAAGGUGGAUGCACGAAUGGAGCCUGUGCCUCGAGAGGUUCUGGGCAGUGCUACCAGAGACCAAGACCAGCUCCAGGCCUGGGAAAGUGAAGGACUUGCCCAGAUUUCUCAGAACAAAGUGGCAGCCCUUCUUCUAGCUGGUGGGCAGGGGACAAGACUUGGGGUCGCAUAUCCCAAGGGCAUGUAUGAUGUUGGCUUGCCAUCCCACAAGACACUUUUUCAGAUUCAAGCAGAGCGUAUUCUGAAGCUGCAGCAGUUAGCCGAAAAACAGCAUGGCAACCAAUGCGUCAUCCCAUGGUAUAUAAUGACCAGUGGUAGAACAAUGGAAUCAACGAAGGAGUUCUUCACAAGGCACAAAUACUUUGGCUUAAAAAAGGAGAACGUGGUCUUCUUUCAGCAGGGAAUGCUGCCCGCUAUGAGUUUUGAUGGGAAAAUUAUCUUGGAAGAGAAAAACAAAGUCUCUAUGGCUCCAGAUGGGAAUGGUGGUCUCUACAGGGCUCUUGCAGCCCAAAACAUUGUGGAGGACAUGGAGCAGAGAGGCGUGUGGAGUAUUCAUGUCUAUUGCGUGGACAACAUAUUGGUGAAAGUGGCAGACCCACGGUUCAUCGGAUUCUGCAUCCAGAAGGGAGCAGACUGUGGGGCAAAGGUGGUGGAGAAAACGAACCCCACGGAACCAGUUGGAGUGGUUUGCCGGGUGGAUGGGGUGUACCAGGUGGUAGAGUACAGUGAGAUUUCUCUGGCGACGGCUCAGAAGCGAAGCUCGGAUGGACGGCUGCUGUUCAACGCCGGGAACAUCGCCAAUCACUUCUUCACUGUACCCUUCCUGAAAGAUGUUGUCAAUGUCUACGAACCUCAGUUGCAGCACCAUGUGGCGCAAAAGAAGAUUCCAUAUGUGGAUUCCCAGGGGCACUUAAUUAAGCCAGACAAGCCAAAUGGAAUAAAGAUGGAGAAAUUUGUCUUUGACAUCUUCCAGUUUGCAAAGAAGUUUGUGGUGUAUGAAGUGUUACGGGAAGACGAGUUCUCCCCACUCAAGAAUGCAGACAGUCAGAAUGGAAAGGACAAUCCGACCACUGCGCGGCAUGCUUUGAUGUCCCUGCAUCAUUGCUGGGUCCUCAAUGCUGGGGGACACUUCAUAGAUGAAAAUGGCUCUCGCCUCCCAGCCAUCCCCCGCAGUGCUACAAAUGGAAAGUCAGAGACCAUCACAGCUGAUGUCAAUCACAACUUGAAAGAUGCCAACGAUGUACCGAUCCAGUGUGAAAUCUCUCCCCUCGUCUCCUAUGCUGGAGAAGGGCUAGAAGGUUAUGUGGCAGAUCAAGACUUCCAUGCACCUUUAAUCAUCGACGAGAAUGGAGUCCAUGAGCUGGUGAAAAACGGCAUAUGAAUCUUACAGUGAGCGCGGCCCACAGGGAGCCUGUGUGUUUGAUAAACCAGCUGUGAACCUGCGGGACCUCCCAGAAGGCUGAAGUGUGGACAUUCACAGAGUUUCAUUUUGCUUGCUGGUAUCUGAUAAACAGCAGACUUCCCACAUCCAGAUGACUGGACUUUAGAGAGCGUUUUUGUGAUUCUCAACUCAUUGAAGGUCUUAUUUAUAUUUUUUAACUAUAUAAGUUCUUCCAAGCCAAGGCUCACAUUGGCCAUCCAGGAAACUUCCUCAGCUUGACUCUAGUUGGGAUGUUCAGCAUGACUUCAUUUGGAGCUGGAAGCAUUUGUUUUUGAAGUUGUACAUAGUGAUAAUAAGUCAUUGUACAUGUCAGACGGUUUCUAUGGUACUAAAAUUUUGUUUUAUUUUAUCAAGCAUUAAAGAUUUUUUAAGAAAAUAACUGGACAACAAAAUAAAACUUUCUUCUUGUCUGUGCACUGUUA